GUUGUAACGGUUGCCUUUCGAUAGUGCUCUAUUGUUAAUAUAAUUGUAAAUUUUUAACUUUUAAUAAUUGUUUAUAUGAAAAUUUAAGUUCAAGUCUUCACCCGGAAAUGACGCUCGUUAUCACCCAUGACAUGCUGUCCAAGCUGACGCAUCAAAUUCAGGAAAUUCGAAUACGCACCCUGCACGACAUUGAGAACAAAGUGAAGCGAGCCCUCUGGGACGAACAGCAAAUGGAGCUGAAGUUCAGUCCCACGUCGCUGGUUAAGAGUCUCAUCCGCUGGUUCGGUAAUGUACCGAUAUGCGAGGAAGCCGCCGUUCUGGAACUGCUGUCCCUGCUUUUGACGAGCAAAUACGGCCAUGAAAUAGUGAACUAUUUCACCAUCAGUAGACUCAUUAAAGAGCUAGGCAAGGUGAAAUAUUUGAUUGGGUCGAAACCGGAAUUGGCGGAACUGGUAGAAAAUGUUGUCCAGCUUGUAAAUAGUUUUAAAGAAUCCGAACAGCUCCGAUCUGAUUAUGAAAGUGUGGCAGAAAGUUUGGCUAGCAUAAAAAUUGAUUGUAUAGAUCUUACCGAAUCACCGAAUGUACAUUCAGAAACGAUUCCUCGGAGAGGUGCAAAUUAUUACACCAAAUGUUGGGAGAUUCCCUUACCUUCGGAUAAGAAAACACUGAGGGAUUUGAAUGAUUCAUUGCAUCCAUCUGGCAACGAUAAAGACAUUCAACAUGCCUUCAAUUAUAUGGUUCCAUCGAUCAACGAUUAUCCUCCGGAAUUUUUUCUUCAGCCGCCGUAUAUUUAUCACUCCUUGAUCAAACUUUUGGAAGCCAGAAAAGUCAGUGUACGAACUAUUGUGGAAAUGCUGCACCGAUUAACGGUGUCUAUUCAAAAAAGAAUUAAAUCACUCCAGCUCACUUGUAUGUACUCGUAUGAGAACUCCAACACAGAUUGUGAUUCGGAAAACAUACAGAUAUCAGUGCCGGCUUUUGUCCACGAGCUGUUCCUUCUUGGAAUUAACUGUCUCAAGGAAGUGUCCGACGAUAUGGAUUUACAAGAUUCAAACAAAGUAUUUAAUAUGUUCCAUGAUCUGAUUGAACUGGCCUCAACUCAACCUUUGGAUGGUUUUCAAUUUCAAGAAGUACGCCGAGAGUUUGGAUAUCUUUGCAAGCACUUUCGCCAAAGCUGGGAAUCGAACUCGAAAUGCUUCUCGAUGCGUACCAAAUAUCUGGUAACGGUUAAUCUUUUGUCCCGGUUCCUUCAACUGGCCAAGCCAAACACUGAUAGUACAGUAGAAUUAACUACUGCAGAUGAAACAUGCUUUCCACAUCAUCAACAAUACAACCCAAACGAUUUUGAAACUUUAAACUCGACCGGUCAUCGUCGUGCUCUCGAAAAGAAUGACCACAGUUGGAAGCAUGAGCUGCAGGUGGCUGCCCUAGAUUAUCCUAUGAAGCACAUCUAUCCUUCGCUCUACGAACCAAUUCUAGAGCAAGCACUUAAAACUCCAAACCCGAAACUACAAAUCCUUCUGGAAGCUGAUGAAAUACUCGCCCCAGCAGUGACCAUUCUUCGGCAACCGGACAGCAUAAAAGACGAAGACCUUAUCUUCACCGGCAUCGAGGCCAUCGAAACUCUUCAUCUGCAUCGGUCAACAGCCAUGGUAAAGCGCCUCAUUAAAGCUAUCGGUCGGUGUUGCUGUUACUUCCAAUCGAAUAGUCGACUUCGUGAAGAAGCAGAGAAACUUACUCUGCGCCUUUUAGCCCAUUCGGACGAAAAGGUAAAAAGUGCCGCAUAUGAUGCCUGCAACGGCGUUAUAAAGGAUUACAUUAGCUCCCUGGAUGAAGGAGCUAUUCUGACUCACCGGCGAACCUUUCCUAAGGUGGAGGGCAAGAUGAGCGCUCUCGGGAUUCCACUGACGGUGGAAAUCUUAGUCGAAGUGAUUUGCUUCGGAUUUUGUAGCCAGAAUACAAAGAUCCAACAACAGGCGGAAACAAUACUGCUUUUCAUAUUGAAUUCCCGCGCGUUCUUGCUUGACCGUUGGAGCGAUCUAGUGGAUAUUAUCAUACCGGUUCUACCGCUAUUGCAAACCGUCGCCAUAACCAAACAAAACUCCACAUUGUCCCGAGCAAUUAUCACCUUACUGCAUCCGGACUCGGAGCUACCGUCGCAGGAACAGAUUCGAGGCAAUUUGCGAUUCCUAUUCCAGGAUAGCUCCGACAUUCGAGAGGAAGCAUUGACACGAAUAUUGUUCUUGUUGAGUAUCGACGCCAGUUCUCAACACUACUCACCCAGCAUUGACCAUAUUCGGGAUACUAUUUCCAACGACAUUUGUCUGCUUAAAACAAAGUACGACAUCGGCAAGCACUUGUCUACUGAUGUGUAUGAGGUAGCAACCAUCCGACCCCUAUUGGAUACUUUGGAAGCUGAAGGAACCGAUCCUGCUAUUAGGCGGAGUGCAUUGGUCCAACUGAACGCAAUGUCCGAAGACCCCAUCUUAUGCGAGAUCAUUCACAAGGCCAAUGGAUGGGCAUUUGUGUUGCAGGUUUUAGAUAACGCUCUGAGGGAACAUCAUUAUCUAGAUUAUCCGGACAGUGCAGUUCCCGCAAUUGGAAUACUUGCUAAGAUGUGUUUUAUGGUUCCAGAAUUUCGAAAGUUCUUAGCUGAAAAUGGAAACGUGUAUUAUUUGGUUAUAAGAGCACUUCUGAUUAACCACCAUUUGCCCAUUUUUAAGCCCGAUUGUUGUUCGUUACUGUUCUUGCUACUCUUUAGUGAUUACGCGGUUGGCAGUGGCAAAUCGAUCUCUCUACCAACACUGGUCGCUCAGUACAGGAUUCCAUUCGUGUGUGAAUUUCACUGGCGAUGUAGCCCGUUUCAUGAGCUAAGCUACUUGGAAGAGAUUUUUGUGGAUCGUGCUGACAGCGUUGAGAAGCCAAUUCAGCAACAAGAUAGCAUUCUGCGCUUCAGUCGAACGUGUGGGGUGGAAUGUGCCACUUCCCGGCUACAGAUGAACACAGCCAAUCAAAGCUUCCAUCGAAGUUCCAGCGACCUUGCCAACUUGCAAAGCUAUCGCCAUGUGGCGUGGCAAUACUUGCGGCUAGCCUUCGCCUGUCAAUGGUUCGAUGCAUUUGAUAAUAUUCUGGUGAACGCAAAGAAACACAGGACCUCACCGAUGGCUGCAAACGCUAAGGAAUCCGUCGUCAUAGAUUAUAAUCUUCUGCCGCCCCAUUUGAUGCCUUCGAAAAGAAACGAUGACGAAACUGUAAUAGACCUGGAAUAUAACAGCCUCGCGUUUGAUCGGUCCCUGCGGCUAACGGCGACCGAUGUCAACAUGAUCAGAACUACACAUGUGGAGGAAAUUUUCAAAAAUAGCCUCAAAUGCAUAGCGACAGCCACGUCCCAUGCUGAAGUUUCCGUUGGACUGGCAGGGCUGGCCAGCAAUUUAAGUUUACCGAUGCGAGAGCAAAUCCUACACAAUUCAAUCGUUAAACAUUUGAAAAAAUUUAUCCUCACGCCUCCGAAUACUUUGGCUGACGAAAAGCUACUGAUAGAUGUGAUCGGACUACUAGGAGAUUUGAUUCAAAUCGGGUACGAAAAUGUUCUUGUUUGGAUUGUGACGCUGCUCUUCGAACAAACAAGUAUCUUUACUCAACUUCUGAAAUCCGAGAACUGUUCAGGGGAGCUAUUCAUGAAAAAUGUUGAUUUUAUUAAAAUAGUACUGCAGGAGGCACUUUUGUGCGAAAAUACAGAUGUCGUAAAGUUGAUGGUCAACGAACAAGAUUAUCAAAUGAAUAUAAAACGUGAACAUAAUUUCAAUUUGCUAAAUAAACUGUUUGAAACAAUAACCGAUCGAUUAGACAACGACCUGCACAAAUGUGACAUUAUGAAGAUCAUUGCCUUGGUCAGUUUAUGUCGAGUGGUCGUUCAAAGUGGUUUACUCGAGUUUGACAGUAAGUUUUUGAACCAUGUGAUCAACAAGCUCUGUUCCUACAUGAAUCUCAUCCGAUCGAUAACCUAUUCCGGCUCAACGAUCAUCAAGAACUGCCUCAUAAUAAUGUCCCUCAUGUUGGACCGAAUGAAAGAUAUUCACCUGAAGCCUAAACACUACAAAGUGAUAGCCAUUCAAUGCAGUCACACCAACCCACUCAUCCGAUCCUGUGCUUGGAAUGUGUUAGCUAAAAUGGCCAAAACACUGUCCGGGGCUCACUCAAUCAUCAAAGAAUGUGCCUAUCUUCCGGGAGGCGUUCAUGCAUGUGCGGCCAAAACUCUGCUAGAUCCAGAAGAAACCAGUUUGGUCAAGGAAUCGGCGACCGGAUUGUUGAUUGCAUUGCUUUCCCACAAAGAGGAAAAGGGAUGCAAUUUGCACAAAUUUAUGCUGCCACAUGAUAAAGCAAACCCACUGAAUCCCACCAACGCAGAUCCGCUGAAAACUAUUCUGGAGAUUUUGAAGAAACAUCGAUUCUUCGAGCAAGCUUUGGAGUCGAUGCAAACCUUCACGACUCACGAUGAAAUGCAGCUGGGAGAAUUUGCCGGUGUUCAAAUGGUCACGUGCGAUGUCGUCAAAAGCUACAGCAUGAUUUUCAGUUGUUUGGUUGAUCUGAAAGCUGAUUUGGUAGAUUUUUUCAUCGAGAAAGGUUGUUUGCAACGGCUUAUGUAUUGUAUAUCGAAUGUUCCUCUGCAUCCGAGUCGAUCGGCUUUGUUAAUGGUUUCCGAGAUCAGCAACUUUCUGCUGAGGUGUCUUAGCUACAAAAAAGAUAUCAUUUGUGAAAUUAUGAGCCCUUAUCAAGCCGUUAUAGGGGGCAUCAUUUACCUGCUGAAUGGGGAAUUGUACGGUGAGCAAAGUGAAAAAUUGCUACACGAAGUUACUGUGAAUAUUAUGCACCUGUUGAGUUCGCUGGCCUUACACAAGGUAGGCAAUCAACUGAUCACCGGUGUUCUGGGCGAACUUAAGUUGGAGCCUUUGGUUCUUCUUAUUAAUAAGGGUAUCGCAAACAGUCGAAAAGAAUAUCAAAUCGCCUGUCUUCGUUUUCUCACGCUACUGGUGUUAACCUCUGAUGUUAAUAUCAUCCCAACGUCAGAAUUCCAAUCGUUCCUUGGGUUGAUUGAAACGAUACAACUAGAAAUGAUUGAAGGUAACAGGAAAAAAUCAUCAAUUAGCACUGUACCCGGCGCUGGCGAAUUGCGAAGGAUAAAAUCCUUGCAACGGCUUAAAUAUGAACCCGAAGAUUUCUGCUCCCUCGAAGAUGAAGACAGUGAAAAUCGGGAUCCCAACGGGCAGAAAAAACUUACCGGUAACAGUGCCAAAUCGAAAGCAAAAGAAGUUGAAACUGCUGCCAGUGGGAGUGAAGUCUUGUUCUUCACAUUGGUGGAACAAUUUCAGAUUGUGGGUGCCAAGGACAAACCUGAAAAUGGCGCCCUAAUCUCUACGGUACAAAAACGUACCUUGUACUCCACUAUUCAAGUAAUGCUGAAACAGUCGGAAAAGGCUAGAAAAGUUGCGAGGAAAAAGAAGUUCUUAGAAAUUUUGCUAGACAGAUUAGAAGCUGUCUGUAGUGGAAUCAAUACCAGCUAUCAAGAUUUCGUGCGUAAAAACGGUGACAGUAAAAAGGCUCCAAUAGUGGAAGAACUAUCAUCGAUUGCAGAUAUAAUCGCAGCCUGGUUUGAACACGAUUUACUGGUCCACCAGAAUAACAUUAACCGCCUGUGCAAAAUGUUUCUGCAGCUUUGGCCAUGGAUCGGAAACAAUCAGGAACUGGAAGUUGCUUUCAUAAAAGCGCUAGUUUGUCUCACUGAGAACUCAAUAAUUGUUUGUAAAAGCUUCACCGUUUCAUUUCCGGGGCACCCUCAUUCGAUACUGAAAUUGGUAAUCGCAACUGUAACUGCUGAAACAGUUAAAGUAAAAGGAAUAAAAAGUGAUCUGUCUUUACUGAGAUUAAGCCUAAGGGUUUUGAUUAAUUGUAUCUCUAGCCAAGAAGGUCGUCUAUUGGUUUCAAAGUUAAAUGUUCUAGACAACAUUAAUAAACUGCACCCCGCAGUAACCAAGCUGCAAAAACCUUGGAUAGCUGUAACUUUGUUGUGGCUAGAAUUUUGGGAAAUCUAUUCCCGACAUAACGAUGUCAACGAAGUUAGGCAUCUCACAGUGCUAGGGGCUUUGAUACGCAAAUCCACACCGGAACUACGCUUACUGGCCCUAGAAAUCAUGCGGAACAUGUCCUAUGUUCCCAGCAACAGGCCGGCGUUGCUUGCCUCCCAGGAUUUUAUGUGCACCGUGAAAUCCGUCCUCGAUGGAGAGAACUGUUCCGAGCAGCUGAUAGUGGCCAGCUCGAUCUGGAAGAUGAUUGCCAACAAUUACAAGGGUAAAAGUGCUAUUAAGAAUAGUGCCAUACCCAGAAGGUUGAGCGCACUUCUGAAACAACGCUCCCUGAAGGAACGGUGCGAAGACGAUGAGCUGUUCAAUGUGCUGAAUGUGGUCGUGAAGUUGUUGAAUAGUUGAAAAUUAUAUGGUGUAGGAUUAUCAAAUUAGCGACGUUGGAGUUUGGAUUUUUAAAAAGCGAAAGAAAUGUAAAGAUUCUAGAAUAACAGAAAAGCAUUUUCCUGGAAUGGACAAAAAAUUUCGAAGCUUCGUUCGUUCUUCUCGGUAGGCUGCUCUAGAAUUUCUUCCCUUAAACAAAUAGUGCUCCAGACGCUAAAGCGUGUGUAAAUGGUGUGAAGAUUGUGAAACUGCUGUUUAAAAGUGUGUUGAGUGUUGAAGCAGAAAUCAAGGCAAAAAGCUUGGAAUUGA